AUGUGGGCGGCAGAGUUCAUCUGUAUCUUCAUACUUUUUGGUGUGACAUCUGGCGGCGGAGGCUGGGAGCCCCUGGGGCAGCCGUACUUCGACAAUAGCACUAAACGUGAGGCUACCGCCGCAGUGGGACAGCCAGCCUACCUACAUUGUAGGGUUCGGAACCUUGCCGAUCGAGCGGUAUCAUGGAUACGCAAGAGGGACCUACACAUACUGACGGUGGGAGUACACACAUACAGUAGCGAUGCUCGAUUCGCGGCACUUCAUGCGGAUGGGUCAGACGAGUGGACCCUUCGGGUAUCGCCCGCCCAGCCUCGGGAUUCUGGUGUCUAUGAAUGCCAAGUGUCUACUGAGCCUAAAAUAAGUCUGUCAUUUAGACUUACUGUUGUAGUGUCGAAAGCAGAAAUCCUAUCAGGGCCAGAGCUAUUCGUCAGGGCAGGAUCGGACAUCAAUCUCACUUGCGUUGCGAAACACGCCCCAGACCCGCCGAGCUUUAUCUACUGGUACCGUGGAGAGCAAGUUGUGAACUACGCUCAGCGCGGAGGCAUCAGCGUGGAAACGGAACAGCGCACGCGUACAAGCCGCCUCUUGAUCGCUCGCGCAGCACCGCACGAUUCCGGGAACUACACAUGUGCACCUAGCAGUUCUGAAUCGGCAUCGGUGAUAGUUCACGUCCUGAGUGGAGAACGUCCCGCCGCCAUGCAGAGUUCCAGCUCAUUGUCAUCUCACAUCAACCCCCUUCUCUUAAUCCUUUCUAUACCAACUUUACUUGACAAUCAUAUUUUUUACAAGAAUGUACCCGACAUCUUUCACCUAGCCAACAACAGCUUCUUCUUCUUCGCCAAAGGCUACUUCACCACGAAUGUCGAGGCCGCCCAGCUAGAUAACAUCACGGGGCUAGUAUGUAGACUCGAAAGGAACUUUUGA